AUGUUUGCAGUAGUAUGCUUUUCUUUUUUGUUGCUACUUACUGUUAGUCUUUCCUGAAUCAAUUCAUUGAAAAUCAAUGAAAUGUAUGUAUGUAUGUAUGAAUGAAUGAAUGUAGCUAGGGAAAUAUUUUCAUGCAGCAUGAUCUAUGCAUACAUUAUUGGAAGUAAGCACCACUGUGUUCAGUGGGACUUAAUUUCAAGUAAGUAUGUGUUGGUUUGUAAAUUUAGUGCCCAGGAAUUAUUCUGGAACUAUGUCAGAAGUACUAUUGUUCACAGAUUCGGGUUGCUUUGAUUGGGGUUAAAGUCUGGAAAACUGAUUUUAUUUUUAAUAGAUGUAGAAUGAACCUUGCUUUUUGGAUUGAAAGUUACCCUGUAUUCGUCAACAAGAAAUGGUUGCGGUAGCCUGACAAAUAAGCCAAUGUUUGACUUCAGUUUGUGUGUAAAUUAUACUGUGUAUGAAAUUUGAGCAACUUCUGUAAGUGCACUAAUACCUUAAUUGGUUGGCUAGCUUUGGGCCAUUUCUACCUUCUAAUAUUUACACAUGAUGUCAUAGCAUGGAAUUCAAUAUUAUACAAUUAUAAAAGUUCUUUCGGCACAAACAUUGCUGCUUGUCAGAUGGAAUGACACCCCCCUCUCUGUGCCAGUUUUGGUGGGCACAGGGGGAGGUGGUGGGGGAAAGUCCAUUUGCACAAGCAGAACUCCUUGUACAGAACUUUCACUGAUGUGGUGCACUGGGUGAAUCCUCCUGUUAGAUUUAAAUAACUAAAUAAUUUUUUGUUUUGUUUAGUUUAUAUCCCACCCUUCCUCCCAAAUGAGGGCAGGGUGGCAUGAUGUAUAUCAGUAGACAAUACUUCACAACCAAGAGUGUUGGAAACAGAUAUAAAUCAGAUUGUCCUCCUGAUCCCCUUAUACCCAAUGAAUAUAACAAACCAAAAUUGCUGGCUGUCUCCUCAAUCCUUACCAUAUGCAUUUGGAAGCAAGCAUUGUUGGUUUCAGUGGAACUUGCCUCAGUGAAGUGCUUAGAGAGCUACGGCCUAUUUUAAAGGCAAGUGCCUACAAUUUUUGGCUCAACUUGGAUCUUUCUCCACAAUGGAAAAAUGUGAUUCUCUAUACCUUCAGCACUAGCUAUUUAUGGAGAGCAUCACACAUGCACCUUUAUGAGUGCUGACCUGUGCUGAAUUCAUGACAGUAUUAUGCUGGCUGUAUAUGCCACUCUGGUUCUCUCUGGUGUUGCCUUAAAAUGAGAGAACCAAAGCUACCAUCAUAAUGCAGUGCAACAUGGUAGAAUGAGCACGUAUCAUUUUCCAUAGAAAGUGUUCUGCAUGCAUGUUUUCCAGUAGGCAGUUGCUACUUAACUGGCAAAUGGCAAAUUAUAAGGUUAUAGAUGUGUUUGAAAAACAUUUGUGGGUUACUGGGUACUUUAUCUAACUCUAUUCCUGUUUUUCCUCCUUAAUGUGAUUUGCUAAUGCAACUGAUGUCUAUUUGCUAUAGCAGUGAGAAUUAUGUACAGUGGUGCCCCGCAAGACGAAUGCCUCGCAAGACGGAAAACUCGCUAGACGAAAGAGUUUUCCGUUUUGGAGGUGCCUCACAAAACGAAUCUGCUAUGGGCUUGCUUCGCAAGACGAAAAUGUCUUGCGAGUUCCUGGGUUUUUUCCCCCCUUUUCCCCCUCUUUUUCUAAGUCGCUAAGCCGCUUAUCUGCUUAUCCGAUAAGCUGAUAAGCUGCUAAAAGCCGCUAAAAGCCGCUAAAGCCGCUAAUAGCGCUAAUCCGCUAAUCCCGUCAAUGGGCUUGCUUCGCAAGACGAAAAAACCGCUAGACGAAGAGACUCCCAGAACGGAUUCUUUUCGUCUUGCGAGGCACCACUGUAUAAUAGUCCUAUGCAUGUAUACCAACUUCUGUUUACUGUUGGUGGGCACAGUUGAAGUUUGAGGAGAAUAAACCAUUCUCAAAAAGGAUUUUAUGGUAACUAAUUGGGGCUGGGUUUGUAACAUUUUAUUAUGAAGUGAAAAAGGUUCUGGCUCAUGCCCUCAUUUCUUUAAUUUUUAAUAACGUUUGUGCAGCAUUGACUUGUUAAGGAAUUAAGCUGAGUUUCUGAAAUACAUGUGCAUCAACACAUUUUUUAAAAAACAGCCUUGUCUUAAUUUGCAUCAAUGCAGUGCCAAGAAAAAUCACUUAAGCCUUGAGUCAGUGUGAGGCCAAAGGUAUGUUUGUAGUGUUGAUACUUUGCUUGUUGGCCUUUUUGUUAAUUUUAUGAGCUCUUGCCAGUCAUGGGCUAGGUGAAGGAAAGCCAGAUCUUUUGGUGCAAACUAAUAAAGGGCUUAAUUCUAUUCUUGGCAAUAGUAUCCAUAGAGAUAAAAGAUAAUAGUACACACAGGCACCUUGGUGAGAUAAACAUGGAUCCACAGUCGUGUGAGCUAAAAUCCUCUCAUUUUUCCUGAUUUAACUCUCAACUAGCAUUUUAACAAUCUCUUGAAUCAGCUGCUUCUUGGAAACUGACUUAAAGUGCCAUCAGUUUGCUGUUAGAUAAAAAGACAAGAAGAUACUGGAAAAUUCUAAGCUGGGUUAACAUUUUUCUUACUGUUGUUGCAUUAACAUGUCAAAUCUUGUAUGUCAAAAUUUUACAAUUCUUGAACUAGCUAACAACUUUAUUGAAAUUUAAGACAUUGGCUUAUCAUUCAAGGCACUUUGAUAAAAUACGCCUUCAUCUUCCAUGAAGUCCAAUUUUUAACGCUGUUCAUCUUUUCCCUGCUUUCUGUUUUUGCUUCUGCAGUUUUGUGUGCAAACUGAGAACAAGGGAAACGGGAGAACGGCUUCCCUAAAGACUGUUAGAGACCUGCUACUAUCUGUCCCUUUAAUUAAGGCUGUGUGUGCUUUUCCUUUUCUCUAGACCAGCAUGUUUUGGAAAUUUGAUCUUCACUCAUCAUCCCACAUAGACACACUUCUAGAGAGAGAAGAUGUAACACUGAAGGAGCUGAUGGAUGAAGAUGAUGUUUUACAAGAGUGCAAAGCUCAAAACCGCAAACUUAUAGAGUUUCUUUUGAAAUCGGAAUGUCUGGAAGAUCUGGUAUCAUUCAUUAUAGAAGAGCCACCUCAAGACAUGGAUGAAAAAAUCAGAUACAAGUAGGAAAUGAGUUUUGAUCUAGGAGCUUGAAGUUGAGGGAAGACAAAAGCUCACUAGCAGAAUAGCUGACUGUAGUUUCAUAAGACUGUUGCACCUAUAGUUUAAGGGUGGUAACAUGUCCCUCUUUAUGGUAUGUUUUUUUAAUAGACCUUUUAAAAAAACCUCAUUGGGUUAUAUCUCUACUCUGUUCACAGGGAAACUACGUGCUGCAAGUGAUCUCCCCACUGCUGUCUUGUGCUUCCAACCAAAAGUACACCCCCUAAUAGUCUUAGCUAAUUUAACACCCUCCAGGUAUUUUGGACUACAACUCCAACCUAUGCCCACACAGCUGUGCUGUCUGGGGCUAUGGAGCUGUAGUCCAGAAGCUCUGGCAGACACUAGGGGGCCAAAGCUACUCUAAGGGUUGGGCACUUUAAGGAAAGGUUUUCGAUGGUGUUGGGGAAACUCAAGUGGGAGAGGGGAGCAUGGAGGUUGCGGUGGAGAUUUACGUGGAGGCAGCUUGCAUGAGCAAAUCAGUGGAUGCAAGAGACUAAUGGAGGUAGAGGAUUUUUCUUGUGCGAACACUGGCGUUACGUACAGCCCAUUGGUCUGGUGCCUGCAUAAAGAAGGCUGACUCAUAUUCUGGAUUAAAUUGUAAUAUCUAAGAAAACCCCUCCCCACACCAAAUUUAGUCAUUAAUGUAGGUCCUGCUUUGUGUUCUUCUCCAUGUGGGUUGAGACUGUUACUGCUGGAAGUAGGGCAUUUUAUUCAGUUUUUCAAGGUGUGUAGAGCAGUCGUCCCCCCCAGUAUAUUAAUCCAUCUUUUGCUGGCUUUUAGGAGAGUUUGAAAUGCAUAUUUUUCUUACUUUGGCCAUUGUUUCUGACUAAUAAUGUUUUGGAUUGUGAUCCUCCUUAAGCCUUUGAAAGGUGCAUAUGUGUGUUUGCGUGUAUUAGUGUUUUAAGCAUUAUACUGUACUUAAUCAGACUGGAUUUCUACCCAGAGCCAGCCUCAUUGAAAUAAUGUUGUCAGAUACAAAACCUGUCAAACUCGAAUGGUUGGUAAAGGUUGCUUGUGCUCCUAUCGCUAUUUAAAAGUUCAUAGGUUGCAAAAUAGCAGGAAUUUCUCUCUUUUUACUUAUGCGUACUUGUAGGUUAUUAAAACUUUUUAAAAAUAAUAAUAUAAAACUUGCUUUCAGUAGUGGCUGGUGCCCAUGUGCACUGGUGGGGCGAAGGACAGGUUAGCCAACAGCCAUGGGUGGAGCUGAUUGGAUGUGGAGGCAGCCAAUUCUGGUUCUCUCCUCAGUUUUCUCUCUUGAAAAGACACUAAGGACAUCUAAACAACUUCUUCAUUGUUCCUGUCAGAUCUCUAGACCAGUACUGUCUACUUUGUCUGGCAUUGUGGGAGGGGCAUUAUUGGUUUUUUAUUAUUUAUUAUUUAUUCUCGUUUUGCAUUUUCGUGUUGUGAAUUGUCCUGUGAUCUUAACAAUGCACAGGUAUGACUAGCUGGUGGGCAGUAGGCUGGUUCCACCUCCCCUGUAAAUUUUAUCUGAUCCUUAACUUGGAAGCCUGUCAAUAUUUGUUGUUUUUUGCAUGGUGCAGUGCCGUAGCUACAAGGGGGCUAGCUUGGGUUUUUUUGCCCUGGGUGAAACCUCCCGAGGGGCACCACUAAGGCUCUCAGCCUGUGUGUGAGUAUACGUGAAUGCGUAUGGUGUGUGGGUGUGUGCCAAACUGGGUCUGUGCUACUACAUUUCCCACACAUUAUUUAAAGAUUUUAUUUCAUUUGCUCAGGAGUUGGUGAACCAUGGAGGAAUUAUUCACCCCAUUGCUAAGCAAAGUUGCCACCAACUGUGAAGCCAGAGAAUGCAAAAUGAAUAUAUUUUAAUCAAUAUUUGUAGCCACAACACUUUCAUUCCCUUCUCCAUGGCAUGCAAGCAAGCAAACAAACAAACACACACAUACUCCACUUGAGAUACAUACCUUGGGGCAAAGUGGGGGUAGAUGUUGCAUCUCUUUCACAUCUUCCUCAUUCUCCUCUCUUUGGCUGUGCACAAUCAAACACUAUGAUUAAUAACAGAAAGCUAAAGGCAAGGGUGCUGACCCUCCCCACACUCAUUUAGGCUCUCUCUCUCUCCGUUGUCUGCUCAAUAAAUACAUUGAAUAAAGCAGGGCUUCUGGCUCUGCAUAAUCUCUGCUUCUCCUCUGAUCGUGUACUUUCCAAGAGCGAGCAGUUCUAGUGACUGAAGCUUGCAAGCGGCCCAAUGUAAGAUGCUGCAGCUGGAUUGAUUGGGAGCAUUGAUCUGGUUCACUCUGUUUUUAUGCUAUGUGUUCUGAAGAACUCCUUAUUGACUACAUUUCAUGUUACCAAUCAGAGAAAGUAGCCUAAAUACAGGAGUGUUGGGCUCCAGUGCUUUACCUUACCAACUCUUAAAGACUCCUUCAAGGGAAGCAAUGGAAUAGCUUUAGAGCACCCCACUUCCCCCAAAUUGGGCUAGGACCUGGCAGCACACGGUGAUUAUCAAUUGAAUGCAUGUUUGGGCAGGUGAUUGGCCAGCAGAGAACAAGUGUCUGAAGACCAGACCAUUCUAAUAGCAAUCUUAAUAAGUCACUGCUGCCACCAAGGCCCUGAGGAGUGAUGGAUUUACCACUGCAUCCACAGUCCUUCCAUUCAUCAUGGCAACAGCAUAAGGUAGAGUUGGCAGACAAAUUGGGCUCAAUUCAUACAGCAGCUUCAGGCUGGUGUAGUGAUCAGGCCUGGGUAAGGUCUUCUGCCAGGUGGCCCCGGCUGUCAGAGCAGCUUAGUGGUGGACCUAAUAGAUGAUUAUAUGUUUUGUUGAUAGAGCGGGAGUAACCCCUGGAUGUUUGCUGGCCUGCCUCCACAAACUGAGAGGUAUCUCUGAUUUUCUUUGCACUUUGUGUAUUCAAACUGCAUAUAAUGGUACGCUCAGCAUUGCUAGAUAAAGCACUUGUUAUUGGUGUGUAAGGCUAAUUUAUUAUUACUAAUUAAGUAAAAUGUCUACUUCUCUCUUUCAGGUAUCCAAACAUAUCUUGUGAGCUGCUUACUUCAGAUGUUUCACAGAUCAAUGAUAGACUGGGAGAAGAGGAAUCAUUAUUAACAAAACUGUAUAGUUUUCUUCUAAAUGAGCCACCCCUAAAUCCGUUAUUGGCCAGUUUCUUCAGCAAGGUGCUAAGUAUUCUUAUUAGCAGAAAACCAGAACAGGUAAUUACUUAAUUGUUCCUUUGGAAACACCGUGCUUUCAACUGCCUAGCUUAAGUUACUUUCAUUCCCCUUGUUAUCUUUAGAAGAGCAACAAUCGUAAUAGUUCUUAUGGCAAAUUAAUGUUGGUGCCAUAUAUAGAUUUUCCAAAAAGAAUAUAAGAAUGUGUUGAGGCUCUUUAACCAUCUGACCACCCAUGGGCCAUAUACCACCCUUGGAAGCUUCCUAUUUGGUAUUCUGGGCUUCUUUUCCUCUGCCUCUUGCCCUCAGCUUUCAUGUCUUCCUCUCCAAAUUGCAGGAACUGGAAGUCUCAUCAGGAUUGGAAUGCUGGCAUGGGAGGUUGUAGGCCUUCUGCAUCUGUGAUUGUAUUAUCUACAAAGACCCAUUGAAACAAAUGGAGAUAGAAGAGUCAAACAUUUUAACCUCUCAUGACAGGAUUCUCAUCGAAAUUGGUCCCCCAGGGCCUAUUAUUUGCAUUUUGGGAAGGGGACCUCCCACAGUGCAGGGGUGGUUUUUCCUCAGUGCAAAUUGCAAUAGGGAGCUGUGCGUGCAUGGAAGAAAAUGAAAGGUGUGUGUGUCCUGAACCAUGUUGGCUCUGAAGGAAUGUGGCCACUGGGGGUGGGGGAAGGCAUCCCUUUCAAAGAGGGAUAAGCCUUACUCUGCUUAGUUUUUUUCUGGCAAUUUAGUUCUUACUGUUUUUGUUGGCUUUUUUAUUUCACAACUUUGUGUUCUGUCUUAUCUUUCACAGAUCGUGGAUUUCUUAAAGAAAAAGCAUGAUUUUGUAGACCUCAUUAUAAAGCACAUAGGAACCUCUGCUAUUAUGGACUUGUUGCUCAGGCUGCUAACAUGCAUAGAACCUCCACAGCCCAGGCAAGAAGUGUUAAAUGUAAGUAAUUUCUUUUGGAAUGGGCGUCAUCUUUAAAAGUGAAGAUUAGUGGCACUAUUUUUGAAACUGAAAUUGUAAAUAGCUAGUGAGGUACCCUUGGCAUUCAAUUUUUAAGUAGAGCAGGAAAAACCCUUCACUUGCAAAGGUGCUGUCUAUGAAAUGCUUACUUCUUUAUUUACUUGCAGCAUUUUCAUCCUACUCUUCUGCCAAAAAUGCUGAAUAGAUACCUAAAUCAAAAUGAUAAGAGAGUUCCUUCCCUGAGAUUUACAAUCUCAAAAGAUAAGACACAAAAUGAAAAAGAUCUGGGAGGUGGUAGAGAGGUUCCUGUUUUGAUCAGUUGGAAUGGAAAUGCUAGCUUUCACCAAGCACUUAAAUAUUGUAUUUGAACUGUAAACAAAUUCAAUUUCAGCUGCUUUUAGUUUCCCCGUAUUCCAGCUGUUUGUUACCUCGUUUAGAUACAUGACUAUGAUGCCAUGAAUGCAUCUAGAAGCAUGGAAAAGUCCACAAGGGACUGUGCUUCUAAAGCAGUUGUGGUUUCAGAUUGUUAGUAGUAACAACUGAGCUUGCCAUAGCUUACACAUGAAUGAAAUCAAUGUUUUGCAGUAAUUCUUGAAACACCUUGUCAACACAUUCAUUUAAAAUAUUGAUUAACAGCAAUUAAGUGUAUUCCAGUUGUAGCUCAAAUAGCAUCUUAAGCCAUUUUGUGUUCUGUGUACGUCAUUUUUCAGCUUGUCUGUAAAUGUGAAGUAGAAUGCUAGAGUGUGUUGACAAAAAUAUAAAUGUAGUGUUGUCACCUUACAGCAGCAGUGCAUAAAAAUCAGUCAGAGAGCAGGUUUUACUAUUUCAAUCACAGGAAAAGCAACUUUAUUUUAAUUUUAAAGCUGUGAUUUCUCUUUAGAACUACGGUCUCCUCCAUGCACCCCAUUUGAUAAUCUUCUUUUUUACCACAUGCAAGUCUCUGUACCAGUCUAUUAACCUUUCUCUCCAUCUUUUCAUGCAUGUUGUCUUCUGUAUUCCUGCAGCUCUAGCCACACUCCAUAAGCCUCUCUACUGUCUAUAUUAUGCCUCUCCCAUUGCAGAUAUCUAUGUAUCUCCCCUCCUCUUUUGCUAUUUGUCCCCCCUCCAUCUGUUGAAACAGCACAUAAAGUUUUAAUGCUCCUAGCAAUUCACUUGCAGAAUAAUUCUUAUAAGCUGGUAGGCUGUGUGUCAUGGCUCAAAAAGCUGAUGCCACCACCACCACACACCUCUGAAUCAAUGGAGGAGGAACAUAGUGAUGCCGAAAUUUUCCUAUCUUUGUUCCACAAAGGUUGGAAGGACUGCAGAUAACGCAUAUUUGGAAUCCCUUCAGAGAACUGCAAAUUGAUUCAUUGUUGACCUUUAGGGUUUACACUGUGCAGACUUGCAUAACACAAAUGUUAAUUUUAUUUCUAAUUCCACAAUCAGAGAAAAGCUAAAUGGGCCUCUCAUAGUCUUUGAAUUAGUAAUUUUAGAAGCAGAGGAUGAUCUUAAGGCCUGGUUUCAGAAAUACAUAUUGAAUAAUCUACAAGAAUGCUGUUGGGGUUUAAGUAAACUUGGGAACAUGAUCUCCAGGAGGAACUGGACAUGUAGCAAUGGAUAUGGCAGCAUAGGUCACUUAAAAUCAGUCUGCGCAAGCAUAAGAGAAAAUAUAAUAUGCCAGUCACAGAAAGCUGGAGUGAUGGUAAACAAAAGAGGUCUUAUUUUUUUGGUGGGUCUACACAGUGAUAACAUAUUUAAUUAGCAGAAUGAUUCACAUUAAAGGGCAGAACAUAUGCAAAUGUCUCAAAAUAUUGCUCUUGUAUACCUUGUGGGGAGAAUGCUGGUAUGUUGUUUAAAGAUUUGGUGGUAUAUUGCAGUCGCUAAAAAACUUACCAGCUGCAAUUAGAGUAGAAACAGUACCGGAUGCCUUCUCUGCAACAUGACAGAUAAUUAAUAUAUAUACUAAUCAGUGUACUAGUGUAGAACAUCUCCCCCCCCCCCACUCCCAAGAAUGAAUACAAAAAGAUCUGGUAUAAUUGUUAGAGAUCCUUUCUUUCUCCCUGGCACCCUUAAAGAUUGCCCAUUCUCAUGUUCUUGGUUUUUAUAAGGAAUUAGACUUUGCAUGUGGUAAUAUCGCUUAUGGGUUCCUUCCUGCAAGUUUCUGAAGUCUUACUGAUGUUGUUAUCUCUGGGAAUGCACUUUUUAAUGUAUAAUAUCACUUGUGGGUGAUACUAUCUAUUUGAGCUGUGUGACUGAUGAAAAUGUGAAAGGAGACUUAAUUUCCUCCCCUCCCCCAUAUGUCUCUACAGUGGUUGAAUGAAGAAAAAAUAAUUCAGCGGCUUGUGGAAAUUGUGCAUCCUUCUCAAGAUGAAGAUGUAAGGAAUACAUGUCGUGGUUUAUAUUCACGUAAAUUUUGUAGGAAAAUUUUGUCCUUGGCAGCUCUCCAUGCCAAGCCCCCCGGAGCCCCUGCCACUUCUCCCCAUCACCCAGAUGAUAAACCAUCACUUGUACUGUGACAAAAUGUCUGCUGUCUCGCACUGCUAAGCAUUGUGGAGAUAGCAAUCUUGUCUGCAAUAGGAUUGCUGGAGAGGGUCCUGUUAAAAGUGUGUGAGAGAGGGAGUUGGGGGAGAUGGUUGUGUCUGUGUGAAAAGGGGAGUUGAAUGUGUUUUGUUCAAGCUUAAGAGCAGUAAAAGGAGAUACUGUCACCAGCCCCACCCACUGGCAUGCAGCUCCUGCCCACCCACCUACUGCCACAUGUGCCCCCCAAGGGGCAAAAAGCCACUCUUCUCUGAUUUAAAACUUUUCUGUGCAUAGUUAUGCCUUGCUUACAAAAUCCACACACUUCAAUUUUGUCACCUGCAUUCUAUACAGAAUGAGAAGCAUAUAAGGAGGAGCUGCUGGUCCUGUAGCUUAACACUCAUAAUUUGUGUUGCCUUCUGGGAAUUGGGUGAAUUUGCAUUUAAGUCUUAACCUUUGGUGCUAACUAUCAAUGAAUACUGUAAUGUUUUUUUUUUUUAUUCCAUAAACUGUCCUUGUUGUUUAGAGACACUCAAACGCAUCCCAGUCACUCUGUGAAAUUAUCCGCUUGAGUAGAGACCAGAUGCUACAAGUACAAAACAGUUCAGAACCAGAUCCACUGCUUGCAACACUAGAAAAGUAGGUUGACUUGAUGUUGGCAUUGCUGUCAUAGAUGUAUGUAUAUAUUCCAUGGAUAUUGACAUUUUUUGAAAUGUUGAAUGCUUUGCAUGUGCUAUGGAGAAUGAUGUAACUUGAAUGCAAGUUCUGAAGUAUGAUAGUGCAUUCUCUGUAAGAAAUAAGACAUAAAAAUGCUUUGAUCACGUUAACAAAGAUAAAAGAGUUUAAUGUGUAUUUUUUUAAAAAAAUAAAUAAACAGCAACAACCUUGAGGUGCACUAUACUCUGACCUAGUUCAGAUGUUACGCUAAACCAUGGUUUGGCAUUACAGAGAUAAGCAAGCAUGAGUUUCAGUCUUCCAUGCUUGUUCCUUCCCUCUUGUGCAUGCAAGUGGAGGAAAUAGUAAAAGGCUCAGAGAGAGAAAGUACAUGGUUUGCAAAGGUGAUGGUACUAAGUAAGGAAACUUAUUUAUAUUUUUUAUCUAUAUAAGCAGAUGUUAACGUAACUUAAUGCCUUGAAAUCUAUGAAUGGUAAAACUAGAAUCUGUACUCUUUAAAGGGGUCUCAAAUAAAUUUUAUGCACUAUUUGUUGAUGCUUGCAGUACAUAACUAGUGUUGGUGGUGCAGUAUAUAGCCUGAUAUCCACAGAAUGGGAACUGAGCAAGGGAGUUAACCUUUUGUCUAGAGAGUGGGUUGUAGGAUUGCAUUCAAGAACUAAUGGGGUGGUGGCCAAGGGCAGAGUUUGUGUGCAUAGUAGAUAACAGCAAUGUCCAGAAAUACUAAAUGUUUAUAUUGGUCAAGACUGCUCCCCCAGUUAUGAAAGUAUUUUAGUGCCAUGUGAUCAUUUCCUGGUUUAUGAGCUUGCCAUUACUGUUACAAGUAUUAGGGUUGCUAUUAAAAUAAUUCUGAUUCUUUUAUUAAAGAAAAAUGCAAGCAGCUCUGGACCAAAGAACAAACUGUAGGCCAUAUGUAUACCUUUCCUGAAAAAUAUGUAUUUAUUCAUUUCAGAAUAUAUUUAGUGUCCCCUCCCCCUGCAAAAGAUCUAGGUGUGUGAUACAGUUUUGAAGCAAUGCUAUAUCCAAUUAAUUAAGUAUAGCAGGUGAAAAUACAAAUUUAGCCUAGAAGCAGUCUAAUAUUCCAUAAAUGCCUGAGCAAAAAGACAUGUCUUAACUGAGCACUGUAAUGUUAAAAAAUUUGGUGCCUGGUUUAUAGAUGUGUCACUGUAGAAAAGGCACUACUAUCAUGUGGCACCACUGAAUGUAUUGCCUCUGGUUGUGGAACAAUGAGAAGAAACUGGGCAGGUUGAUAAAAGGAGAAGCAUUCCUUCAGAUGCCUACAUCUACAAAAGGGAAUGUUAAAUUUCCAACAAUGUUUUCUCUCUCUUUAGAAAAGAAAUAAUAGAACAGCUGCUAUCAAAUAUAUUCCAUAAAGAGAAAAAUGAAUCAGCUAUAGUCAGUGCAAUUCAGAUAUUGCUGACCUUACUGGAAACGAGACGGCCAACGUAAGAUUGUCUUUUAAUGUUUCUACUGUUUAACAGUAUUUUAUCCAGCAGCAUUUGCGUUGUUUCUAUCCUGGUCAGAUGACUGUGUGCAGUUGCAUAUAUAUAAAGGUUUCUGAAUGAGGAUUUUUCUGAUCUCUACCUAGUUUUGUGGAUUCUGGAUAGUAAGAAGGUGUUUAGCAAACGCAGUUUAACUAGUUACAGAUAGGUAGCCGUGUUGGUCUGCCAUAGUCAAAAUAAAAAAAAAUCCUUCCAGUAGCACCUUUAAGACCAACUAAGUUAGUUCUUGGUAUAUAACUAACUAAGUUAGUUCUUGGUAUAGUUCUUGGCAGUUUAACUAUACAUGUAAAAGGCCACUUUCUGUCCAUUCUGGCACUGAUUUCACUAUAGGGAACAGUUGGAACAAGAUGGUAUCAUUUGUGUAAAUUAAUGUCAUUAGUUUAUAUUAAUGUCUUAGUUGGUAGAGCAUGAGUCACUACUUCUUAGGGUCGUGAGCCCCACGUUGUGAAAAAGAUUCCUGCAUUGCAGGGGGUUGAACUAUAUGACCCUCAUGAUCCCUUCCAAUUCUGUAAUUCUAUGUUUCUAUUAAAUUGAUGUAAAUUGUGACUACAUUAUCUGUACCUAAACAUUUAUCUUAUACACAUUCUUGGAAAUAAUAAGUCUUGCACAGUCCAAGUGGAAGCUUCUGAAAUGGGGUCAUCAUGAAUACAUCACUGCAAAAAUAUGAGAUUCAUGUUGCUUGGAAGUCAGUUUUUGUGUAUGUUAAUCGAAUUUUUAAAACAUCAUUUUACUGUGUGUUUGUGUGUCAGGUUGAGGGAAAGACUAAAGAAUUGUUAGAUGUGGGUCGGUGAACAACAAUGCAGAUACUGUAUCACCUUAAUUGAAAGGAGAGUUGAAUGUAAAAUUUUUGAUUUGUUGCCUUUACUAUUAUCUAGCCUAGUCAGCUUGCUGAUCUAUCUGUCUUUUUAAAGUAGUUGUGCUUUCUAUGUUAAAGAGCUUACCUUUUCUUCAUUUUAGAUUUGAAGGUCACAUAGAGAUUUGCCCACCAGGUAUGAGCCACUCAACAUAUUUGGUCAACAAGAGUGUAUUAGAAGCCAUAAAAGCACGACUUCCAUCCUUCCAUGAACUGCUCUUGGAGCCCCCCAAAGUAAGUAAAACAUUUAGUGCAUGUGAAAUUGGAGCCAUUCUGUUCCAUAAAUCCAGCUUCGAGAGCACUCAUCCACUAUUUGAUGAAUUGGACAUUGGUGGGUAACCUAUAUACACUUGGCUUUUAAGAGUUGUUUUUAAUCUGUUGUGUUUGCUGUUUGCUUUGUUUGAUAUUAUAUUAUAUUAUUUCUGCUAUUUUAAUAUUAUAUGACAUCUCCUUUGGGCAUCUCAGUAAUGAGGUGGAAAGGUGUGGAUAAAUAUUUUAAAUGAUAAGCCACCCUUCUUUCAGUCCCAGAGGGGAGUCUCUCUAUCACCUCAGCGACCAAACUGCUUCUCCCAUCUCUUCCUCAUUUUGUGUUCCCAGUGUAGAAGUGAACCUCCAUUGCCAAGGAAACUGAGAGCAUUAUAUUGCCCGAUUCUAGUUCUGCUUCUUUCCCUUUCUUGACGUGCAGAACCAAGCUUUGCAGCAUGAUUGCCUAGAUCAGCCUUCCCCAUCCUAGUGCACUGUAUAUAUUUUCUCCAACUCCCAUCACCCCAAAUAUCAUGACCAAUGGUCAAGGAUGAUAGGUGGUAGUCUAGCAACCUUUGGAGGACACCGGAUUAGGGAAGGCUGAUCUACCUUCCAACUUUGGUAGUGAGGCUUUGAAGAAGUUGAGAAGUUAUGCCAGUCUCCUCCCUGUUCUCCAGUGCUAAGCAGCAAGAGUGACUUGCCAUUUAUUGGCUUCUUCAAAGCCUUGAACAGAAUGAAAUAGCCUUGUCCAUCCAAUACUCUGUGUAUGCCAAAGGAAGGAGGCUAAGUCUCAAUCUUGUUAUGGUUUUUGCAAAAGAAAUGCAACUUUGAGAACUUGGGGGAGAAGUGUUUUGUCAUUGGUGAACUGAUCAUUGAACUGCUUAUUCUACAUAUAUGUCCUCACAUUUUCAGCCCAUGAUAUUGUAGAACAUAAUGUAUGGGACUAACAUUGAGUUUCUCUUUUAAGUAUUCUGCUAAAUGUUUCAGACUUAGUUUUGUGAUUACCUUGUUUCCUCUUGCCCCCUCCCGCUUGUGGAUAAAUAAUACUUUGGAGUUUGAGUAAUAUUUCAAUAUUUUUGUUCUCUUUUUUGUCUAGAAAAGUGUUAUGAAGACAACAUGGGGUGUAUUGGAUCCACCUGUAGGGAAUACCAGGUUAAAUGUGAUCAGAUUAAUAUCCAGCCUUCUACAGACAAAUACAAACAGUGUAAACCUGGAACUUAUAGAGCUCAAUAGCAUAGGAGUUAUACUGGUAAGAGCAUAAAUACUUGCAAUAUUGACUUUCCUAUCACAGAUUAUCACAGCAAUGCUCGUAACUUUUUUAUUGUGCUAAUUGUUCCUAAUCUUGCUAUGUCAUGACACUGGUAAAAGAUACUCUGAUUUCCUUGAGUGAUUGAAUGGAAUGUUACCUGUGAAAUUAAUAUUUCUGUGCUGCCUCAGGUUUUGUAUCUGAAAGUCAAAUUAAAUUACAUGAGAUAUCCAUGAAUGGAUCCUGUAACUUAAAAAGUACACUAAAAUGCAGUCAUGAACUAUGGUUGACAGCAGUGUGUCGAGACCUGGGGGCAUUCACUGAUAUUCUCUCCAUAGGGAAAAUAGCCUCCAGAUGAUGGAGAUUUUCAACUUGAAAAUGGGGUGGGAGUAGAGAGUUAAGUCCCCUCCAUUGCAAACAAAUUUGCACUUCCCUACAGGCAUUUCAGUUCUUUUGAAAGUUGGGGUUCCAACCUCAGUCCUCAUUCAUAAUGUGUAGUUUGUUACAAAUAGUUUAAUCAUUUGUUAGGGGCAGAUACAAUUGUGGGAAGUAGGAAUGUCCCAUGAGUUCAGAAGUCUGGAAAAAUGGGGCUGCGUUUUAUUGGCCAUAGCACCAUCAUAAAUUAAGAUGGAGACACAGGCACUUUUUGUUUUAUCUUAAACAGAAUAAAAUUGGUCAGUACAUACAUAUAAUCUGUGUUUGGUUAAGGGUAUUGAGAGCAGCUUGCAUCUUCAUGAGCAGCUGUCACUUUUUGUAGGAAUUCUUAUCAACUGAUGUGAUAUACUCUAAUAUUCAUGAGUAGUCUGUUUUGUUGGGAAUGCAGAAAUUUCUGCUAGCAGAGCUGCUGCAUCUUCCAUCCAUAGGCUUCUCUGAGGCACUGCUAGCACAAAUACUAUAGUGGCAUAAGAUGGUUUGUGCAUAUGUUGAUUGGGGACAGUAGUUUAUUGAAUUUUCUUUUUAAAGAACACUGAAACUAGGCUUAGUUAUUACUAUUACUACUUUGCUACAAUUGAGAGCAGCAUUCAACUAACUUGUGCUUGAGCAAGGAUUAGCAGUAGCACAAGUAGAUUCCCCUUCUGCUUCCUCCAGAUCUGUUUCAGAGAGUUAAAGAAAACCUUAGAACACAUUUGGGAGGCACGAGAGGAGGAGAGCAGGAGAACGUUUCAUCGCACAAUGAGAAACCCUUGUGGUAACAGAAUAUUCACCUUAGUGCUACAUUGAAUGCAAUCCUUAGUAUACAAAAUGACUCAUUUUCAGUGAAGGCUCUCACUGACAGAUGGGAAGAAGUGUUUUUCUCCACUUUUUCUAGAGACUUGAGUGCCAUCCUCCACUCCAUUCUGCAAGGUCAACCCAUGCUGCUCUGGACCAGGUCUUGGAAGGAUGAAGGAAGGAAACAGCAAAAAUUACUGUCCUUCUCUUCCAGUGGGAGCAUUCUUUGAGUAGAGCAAUUCACGGAAACUUAAGUACCCAGACUUGGAUUUUAACAGGGCUACGUUUGACUCCAGUUUCUUUUUUCCCUACAGGACAUGUUUUUUAAGUACACAUGGAAUAACUUUUUACAUACUCAAGUAGAAAUUUGUAUUGCAUUGAUUCUCGCAAGUCCAUUUGAAAGCACAGAAAAUGGUACAAUUUCAGAUCAGGAUUCCACUGGAGACAACCUUUUGCUGAAACAUGUAAGCUGUUUUUAUUAUUUGUAGUACUCUAGGUAUAAUUGGGCUAGGCUCCCCACAUAGAAACACUCAGUCAGCUAGGUAAGAUGAAUAAAAGCAAGGUGACCAAGAGGAUGAAAAAGUUGCCAUAGUUAAAUUACUGUUGUAAGGCUCUUACGCUUACCACUGUCCUGCUACCUUGCUCUAACAAAAACAGUUUUUGGUUUUAGCAGAAGUGUAGUACUCCAGAGCAAUGGCAGCUGCAGUGCAAGAAAUAAAGUUUUUGAUCUAAGUAUAGAUCAGCAGCUAGUUCCUUUUGCUAGAUUAAAUAGGUAAUCACGCCUUUUUUUUUAAGCUGGCAACAGUGCAGCUAUUAACUAGUGACAGAAUAUUUUGAAGUAGAGCUGCAGAGUAAUAAUCAUUUCAGUCUUGUACUCUUUUUCAAAUUUAGAAUAUGGUGAACUGGAAGGAUCGGUUGGGGGAAAUAUACAUGGUAUAUUUGAAGAUAUGUAGCAAAAAAAAUAUAUUGCAAAAAAAAACUAAGGAAGCUUUUGUUUUAUAGCUUUUCCUUAAGUGCCAUUUAAUAGAACGAAUACUUGAAGCAUGGGAAAUGAAUGAGAAGAAACAGUGAGUAAUCAAAACCCAUUCCCUGCAUUUGUAGUUAUGCAUGCUGUAUACUAUUUGGGAAGUAACAUAGUACUUGAUUUAAUUCAAGACAAAUUUAAACAAAAUAUUAACUGUACUUGAUUGAUGUUCACAAAGCAUACUACUUUGGCCUAGAGGGAAUAUGUUCAAAUCACUGGCUUCUUGAGCGGAGAAGGUUAGGCAAGUUCUCUCUCUUUCUAUCCCUGCAGUGUUCACUGCUGCUGUUUGUGGGUAUGCACUUUGCACAAGCAAUAUAUGGGUCUGCUUUUGCUAAUUUAACUUCAGUAUAUUUUUAUUAUAAGAGCAAAUUCAUAUUUGAGCUAAGUCUGAAGAGUCAUAAAUAGUUUUAAGGGAGAUCGCUGUAUGCACAGCAUAGGCAUAGAUGUGAAUUUAAAUAAAUCUUGAUAAAUUAAUGGCUAUAUUAUAGAGUUGUGUAUUCUGUAAAAGUAAUCAACCCCCCGCCCCAACUAACAUUUGUCCCAUACGAUACUCUGCACAACUCUUGAAAUCAAAUUGAGGAGCAGAGUUUGAAAUAUUUUAACUGCCUAACAAUUGAUUGGCCUUUUUGUGAAGGACUGACCAAGUCACAUUCUCUUCUCUUUGCCAAACAACCAUCUCGUUUACUUAUAUACUCUUCCAAACCUAUAGAGAGAACAGUCUGUAACUAACAGAUUAAACAACUGCCUAUUUAAAUAAUGAAAUGUUUUGACCGCUUGCAGGGCUGAAGGAGGAAGACGAUAUGGCUACAUGGGUCACUUAACAAGAAUAGCUAACUGUAUUGUGCACAGUACGGAUAAAGGGCCAAAUUGUACAUUAGUGCAGCAGCUUAUUAAAGGUAAGUGAUGUACUUUUAAAGAAACAAAUACUUGAUCUUAUUGCUGAUUUCUAAAUGUGGACAAUGUAUAUCCCUAUCUCCCCUUCUCACAUGCCAAGCCUUUACCUUUGGGUUUGCUCUGAGAGUUUAUCAGUCAGCCCAUUGGUUCCUGCCUCUCCUACAACAUCUUAAAAGUUAAUCACUGCAGAAUUGAUUGUUAGUGCAUGUUAUCUAUAUCUAAGCAAAGCUAAAAUUCUACAGAUUGAUUCUGCCCGUUAGAUAUUUUUGCACUCUACCCCUGCUAGUUUUGUCUGUAAUUUCUGUUAUAGGGGCUGUUUAUAUACAAAAAAAUGAAAAUUUGCCCUUUGGGGUAGAUCAGUUUUAUGCCAAGGCAAUUUUAACUGAUUUGAGACACAUUUUAAAUCAUGUUUCGCACUUUGAAGUGGACAAAGAGUGAUUCAGACAGUAGAAGUUUCUUUAGAAAAGGCUGCAUUCCUUAUUAGGGCCACAUACCAAUUACAGGGAGAGAUAAAAGCCAGCAGAGGGUUGGUUCAGAACCAGAAAUGGAUAAGUGAAUCUUAACUCCAGGAAGAAUCUCAGAUUCUACUUUUAAGUCUCACAUGUCUUCCUUCUGCAUACAGCAAGGAACAAGGCAGAAUUUCUAGCAUGUGGGUUCUACCUUACAUUGGGGGAUGAGUGUAUAUGUUUUUGUAAUGCUUUUGGUAUUUUAAAAUAAUAAAAUAGAGUGAAAAUUAAUGUGCCUUACAUGACAACAUUCAGCAGCUUUAUUAUUAAUUAAUUUAUUAUUAUCUUUCUGCUUGACUUUCUAGAGCUUCCAGAUGAAAUCAGGGAGCGAUGGGAGACUUUCUGCACAAGUUCUUUAGGAGAAACAAACAAAAGAAACACAGUGGAUCUAGUAGGUUUCAUAAGAUGAAGUUUCUGGGGGAUUUUCUAUGGGAAUUUUGGCCCUUAUUUGUCAGGAAUGCAGGACAAAACCGUUCUAACUCAUAGAAUCAUAGAACUACAGAGUUGGAAGGGACACCAAGGAUCAUCUAAUCCAACCCACCACAAUGCAGGGAUUUCAGCCAGAUCAUACAUGACAUAUGCCCCCCCAAAAAAACCCUUUGCUUUAAAACCUCCAAGGAAGGCGAGGCACUCCACUUGUCACUUUUUCCGGGAUGACGAGGAACCAUUAAUAUGCACUCAUGUCCAAGAGAGAUUGUUAUCCUAUCUUUGUUUUGAAAGUCUGUGUAGCUCUAAUUUUCAAAGUAUACUACCUUUGUAUCGUCUUAGAGAAUUCCUUUGCCAAAAAUAGAGCCCUACUUUCAGAUUUUGAACAGUACAGAGUUUCUUAUAAUUAAUACCCCUGUCAGAUUGGUCUUUUAAUAAUUCAUUUAAUACAUACAUACGCACAUAUAUUUUUUGAACUAUGUAUAGACCACGUCUACUGUGAGUCAAUGUAUCUCACACACAUUUACGUCCAUGUAAUACUAAAUCGUGACUUACGAAUACAAGGAUGAGCUGCAGUGAAUCUGGUUUUGGUGUGGUCAUGAGGAGGUCAGAAGUUUUUCUGUUUUUAGAUGACCCACAGUUAAGUAUUAUGUUUGAACCGUAAACUGUGGUUUAUUUUAACUGUAGGAAAAUGAGCCAUGUUCAAAAAUUAUGGCUUGAGGUUGGCCAUUCUUAUGGCUAAACACAGAACUGCCCCCCACAGCAUAUCCCACACCACUGGGAGUAGCAUUUCAGGGGGCUACGUGGGGAAGGAAGAAGGAACAGGAUUUGCUUUCUUUUCCCCCAGCAAGUGUGUCCUGUGAGGAAAGAUCUACUUAUAGGAACUCUGUAUCCAACCCACAGUUUUUUGCAGUAGUGUUGAUGAAGGCAGAGCUGCAUCUUGCUACAGCAGACUUUCAUUAGAUACCCGAUGCAGAACUAUAUUUAAUUUCUUAGGCUUGUUGGCUGCUUUGUUAAUGAAUGUGUAAAUUGAAAAUCAGUUUUAUUGUGUCCUUGGUUUGAAGAGGGAAAUACAUAUUAGUGCUGAAUGAUUUAAAUUGAUUUAGUUAACUGAAAGUAAAUUGACUUAACAGUUCUUUCUAAGCAGCAGAUAUGAAUAAGUAAUGUGGAAUCAGUAUAGAAUUCUCAUGAUACACUUCUGAUGUGUGAAGCAUUUAAAAAAUAUAUGCAUAGAAAACUUGUGACAAAAUUAAUCAGAAUAGAAUUUAAAACUGAGUUAAAUGCAUCAACAUGAUACAUAGUGGUGUUGACUGCAGACUGUUUCACUGGAAUUUGCCUUUCCAUGAUGAAAAUCUCCAGUUAAGAAUGUGUAAAUUUAACAGAUUUUGCAGCUGAAAUUUGUUUAACUUGUAUUUCUUUUUAACACUGUGCAUUAAAAUCAUUUUUUAAUUAAAAUUGGCUUAGCUAUGCAGUGUACUUUGAUUACAAUUUCUUAAGUCUGAUUUUUUAUGAUUUAGGGCAAAGCAGACACUGGCAAAAUUUGGAUUUAAAAGUACAACACUUAAUUGCUUUUAUCCAGAGCCAUACAACUACUGCUGCCUUACCAGGCAGCUCUGGGCUUUUAUUUCCCAAGCAUUAGUGCCCCCUGCCCCAGUAUGUGAUAUAGUUGUUUUCUUAUAAGGAAUUAAAAAACUUACAGACUUUAUUAUGGGCGCAUUGUUUUAAACCCUUUUUCUGAUGCUGAUUCUUUAAUUGUUCUGUCUCUAGGUUACUACUUGUCAUAUACACUCAUCCAGUGACGAUGAAAUUGAUUUUAAAGAAACUGGUUUCUCGCAGGAUUCCUCUUUACAGCAAGUGAGUCAAACUCUGGACUGUUUGCAAUUGUUUGCAUUGAUGCCUUAAUUGAAAAGAACAUGGGUGAGACGAUUGCCUUGGGAAUUUGCAACUUUUAAAACUUAGAUUUAGCAUUUUUAAGAUGAGGAAAAAAUUGAAGGCAUAUCCUGAAAGCUGUGGAAUUUUGGGGGAGGGGUAUGUAUGGUCACAACUUCCAGGAUGUAAGUAAUUUUGGUCUGUAUCAUUAAUUUGAUUAGAAUUUCAAUUCUCUAACAACUCUUGUCAGUUGCAACUUUCUGAGGAGACAUAAAGAGAGUUCAAAAUAUCUGUUUUUAAUACUGCAAACCAUGUUUGGCUGAUUGGAACAUCGUGUGAACUGACCUGUAAGAGUUAAGGCAGUUAAUUCCUUUAGGUGUUCCAGUUGGCAAACUUAAAAGUGUAGUUACCUGAUUUCACAAAUGUGUAGCACCCUCAAGCUGGAAAUACUUGUGUUAUUUCUCUUAACAGUCUUAGUGAACUGAAUAUAUUCUGUAGUCUAUUAUCACCUGAUUGUGAGUUAACGGUUCUUUUAUGCUCAUGACUGUGGGACUAAAAGAGUUAUAAUCUUAUCUGGGAGAGGAAGCAGACCACAUGUUCCCACAGUCUUGGGUACCUCUGAUCCUGCAGAAAUGGUUGUUGGCAGUUGUACCACCAAAGGCAUAUAUGACUAGUGCUUUAGAGGCUAUUUUUUCUAGCACAGUUCUCUUUCCGACAAAAUCACCCAGUUUCUGGCUGUGUACUCAAAGAAGGCACUUGAAAAUCUGCUUUACUGCCUGUGAAAAUGUAGCCUUAGUUUAACUGCAAUUCUAGAAUUAGCCUCUUUCUCCCCCUGUCUCCUGAUACGCACUUUGGGGAUUUCUCCAUCCAUGGGCAUAAAAGCUGUCUUCAUCUGUGCCAUGGUAGUUCAUCAAAUCUGAGUCUAGCUUAUGCUAACGAGUUAGUGACGACAGCUAGAAAAGUUACUCUGGAUCAUGCUUACUUAAAAGAGCUCCAAACUGUUGCAAUAGCUUUUCUGUUUUCUGUGGCCUAUGCAGAAAAUUAAGAUGCUAUCUUAAAUAUUUGUUGAAUGCCUUGUUUGGUGGCAUCAUGAGGCACCUAAUUCAUUUACCAGAACCAUGUUAGUGGAUGCAACCUUCUUAGUAAGGAAAUUGCUUUGUAGAUACUGCCUCCAAAAUAUAUGUAACUUUUGCUGGAUCCAAAAAAGACUUUCCUGUAUCUUCCUCAAAUAAUUUGAUGGAGGUGUCACACUGUUUCUCUUCAAGCUACUUCUGUAAGAAUAUCCAAACUCUUGUUGCCUUUUUACCUAUAGUUUUUAAAAGAGUAACUUCAGGCCAAAGUUAAUUACUACUUUAUGAAAAAGUAACCGAAUCAUUACAGAAGAGCAACUUUUACCAAGCACUUGCCCUAAGGCCAACAAGUUUCAACAUUCGAUAGUUCAUAGAUAUAUAAUUUAGGAGAAAGUGUUUCUGGAGCAAAAUGGGCAAGUAGUAUUUAGACUAUUAUUAGAAUCAUUAUAUCACUGUCAUUGGUCCUGGGGUUGCCAGGCCUUUUCUGAUUAUCAGAUGCAACAAAUGACGUCCAAUUUUAUUGACCAGUUUGGCUUCAACGAUGAGAAGUUUGCUGACCAAGAUGAUAUCGGCAAGUGAGUAUUUUAAAAUUUAAUGUCUGCCUUUUUGUUUUCCAUUUGUUUGUGUUGCAAUGGUUAGUGGCUGUCUCUCUAGUUAUAAUCUGUGUAUAGUCAGCUUGUUCAUUUUCCAGUUACACAUUUUGUGCACUCAUAAGAGGAAUUUUCCCUUUAAAUUAUGUCUCAUGUCUAACGCCUCUAUCCCUAGCAUUUAUGAAGCAAACUCUUCUUAUGACUGUCACUAAAAUAAUAGACCAGAAUGCUCACAAUGUUGAUUUCUCUCUCUGAAGCCUCUUUAUCCCAAUCCAGAGUACUGUGUUCUGAAUGCACUGUGUACCAGGUUUCUGAUUAAGUUUUCAUAGAAAAUUGACAUAACCAACACAACUUCUGUGGGGUUCUGUAUGGUGCUAAUCCAUAUGGUGUAAUUUUUGCAUAAGUGAAGGUUGUGAACAUAGACCUGAUUAAUUUAGCUUAUCCUUUGAGUUCAAUAAUAUUACUAGAUUUGAUUGGUACUAUCAGUUCAUUAUAUUUUAAAUGUGUGCCCUUGGAGGUUUGGAACAGGUAAGAACUUACCCAGUUUUAAAAUGUGAGUUAAUUUAUGUACUGUAGCUGGAUCUCUUCCCUGUGACUGGCUGCAAGCAUAUGCACCAAUUGUUUUGUUUUCAUAUCUGUUUAUGGAAACAGUGAACCCCCCCCCGCAUUACUUCCCAAAUAGUAAAGGAAAAUGGUUAGUUCCCUGUUUGGUGUGAGAGUGUCCGCUGUGUGUUCUAUCAGUCCCAUUUGCCAAAGGCAGAGAUGAGUGGAAAGGAAAAAUUGUACCAGAGCAUCCACCAUGUUGGAUCACUGGGGAAACCGAACUCAAAAGAAAGAAGGACAAUCUGUCUAAAGGGGGACAAGAAAACUCAGUGCAAUGUUGCUCAUCUGAAACGGGUGCAUUGCUUUCAGUCAGCCACCAGAUGGCAGAGCAGCAUAAUUCAAGCCAGUGAGAAUCAUUUUUAACAUCUGGUGAUGCAAUCUGUACAAGCCAGGGCUCCAUAGAUCAGGUAAAGGCUGCUCAAAGGCCUACUUUAGAUCCUACUAAAUGCAUCUUCCUUUUUCAAUAAGAAUUUGUUGAGAAGUUUAGAAUCCCUAUUUUCUGAUUGAUUCUCAUAGAAUGUUCCUAAUAAUAACAUUAAUAAUCCAAGCAUCAGAAUUCAUAGCAGAUGCCACCCUGGGCUCAGUAUAUCGCUCUACAAAGACCAGAGUAACUAAUGGUGGUGAUCAGACCCUCUCUGUGGCUAAAAUAGUGGAGCAUGUACAGUAAUUCUUUCAUCUUACGCACAUUUGAGUUGCAUGUUUUCAGUUAUAUGCAGUUGGCUGAAAUUGCACAAGUCAAUUCCCAAGCAAGGCAGAGAGCUUAAAAGCUCUUUUCAUGCCAGGUUUUCUUUGCGAAAGGUGCGUUCAAGCUCUCCACCUUGCUUGCUCAGCAUGCCAGUUCUGGAAGGCCAUGGGAUGUUCUCUCGAGAUUUCACAUGAACAUCGCUGGCCUUCUAGAGCCAGUGCAUCAAAUGGGCCUUGCCCAGCAAGCAAAUCAGAGAGCUAGCUUAAAAGCUCUUUUUGUGCUGGGUAACCCAAGCAGACUUUGAAUGAAAAUAACUUUUAUGCUCUUGACCUUGCUGGCUGGGGGAAGUCCACUUGGAAGCUUUGGGAGUAUGUGGGUGCUAUUUAUCUCUCCUUCCACCCGCUAGCUUCAGGGCAGCUUCAAGAGUUUAACUAUAUGCAGUUUUCAUGUAUACAUGUAAACUUUGGUACUGAACCCCUAUGAAAUAGGACGGAUUGCUGGUACAUUCUCUCCAGUAGUAACCAUUUGUCACAGGAAACUGCCUUUAACCAAGUCAGUCAAUUGGUCUGUCUAGUUCAGUGUUGUUUGGACUUGCAAUGGCCGUACGUUGGUAUGGUAGAUCAGUCUACACAGCCAUUAGCAUGAGAAGCCAAACACCUGUCCUCUCCACUUUUCAUCUGGCACCUCUGCUGCUCUAUCCACCAAGGUUCCUAUCCCCCAACAUCUGUUGAGCAGCCAUGUGGUCUUUAACAAGCAGUAGACAGCCACCUAUCUCACCCAACCCAUCCAGCAUCAUACAAGGCUCUUCCACAACCCACAGUGGAUGUCUCUCAUGCCAAGCAAGAGAAUGGAACAUUGAUUACUUACUGUGAAGCUUUAUUCUUGUUUGGCAUGUGAAGCAAUCCACUUCCUCACCUGUACAUACUCUGUCAUGCAUGCACACAACUGAACUAGAUUACUACUCUUCUGAAUUUAUAUGGGGUCAGGGUUACAAAAUGAUUUUGCUACAAGUUAUCCAUGGAAUGCAACUGAGGAGAAGACAGCGGGGGGGGGGUCCAUAAAGAAAAAAAUAUGGUCACAUGUCUUUGCCUAGAGUAAAUGGGAGAGAUGCAGUCCACAGUGAAUGCCUUUGCAUGCCAAACAUACAGUAAGUUAUUGCUGUGCUGCUUAAUUAAGUAUCUGGAACUGACAAAUUAAAGUGCUUUAAUACUUCAUUUAAAGAAGGUGGGCACCCUUAAAUCUAUUCAUCAUUUAAUCUUUUCCUUGAUUAGAAUAUUUGAUUUGACGGCAGUUUUAGCAUGGUUAUCUAUAAGUUUAGGUAACUAAUAGUGAGGAUUGUUUUCCACAAUACUAUUUUUGUUUGUUUCUUCAGCUCUGCGAGCCUGUGACAGAGGUCUUGGCUCCUUUUUUGGAUGUAACGAGUCAAAAUCCUCACAAGUUUAGUAGUAGAAAACAAUGUAUCAGUUUCAUGAGAUUAUAAAAUGAUGUGAACUGAAAUAAUUCAGGGGUCUGUGUGGAAUGCCAUUUAUUCUCUGUUUUAGUGUAUAAAUUUGUACUUUGUUCACAGUGUUUCUUUUGAUCGCGUAUCAGACAUCAAUUUUACCCUCAAUACAAAUGAAAGUGUAAGUAUAUUCUUGCAGCUAUUGUAAAAUUCAAAAUGGAUGCUAUUUGUUCACAUUCUCUCUAUGUGUGAGUGGAGAGGCCCUGCCCUUUUUGGUGGCAUUGUUUGUAAAGAGGAACAUUUUAAGAGAUUUUUUUGUGGCUUUCUGUCUUAACACUGCAGUGAUUCAAGCAUCUUUAUCAGGAAACAUAUUGAUGGGUAGGGGUCCAUAAUUUUGGUCACCAUGAUGAGUGUUCUGCCACCCAAUCUUGGAGCUGAAGGAGACAGUUGGGCUUGGCCCUGCUCUUGUGUUGCACUUUCAACAUGCUCAGAGGAAGCCCAGCAUAACAAUAGAGAUGUUCUGCGCCCCCUCCCCAACUGCAAGAUGAGGUAGAAACCUGGAGCUGCUUUUGAUGUGGUGCAUCUAAGCUUCUUGCAGCACCUUGGAAGCAGUCACAGUGCAGUUCUAGGAAUUAGUCCCCCACCAUCUGCUCCCCAGCUUCACAUUUGGUGCUGGCAAGAGCAUGGGGUUGUCUCUGACCUCAGUAUGCAUAUCAAAGGUGUCAAGUUGGGGAAAGAACCUUGUACUUGGGGGGGGGGGAGGCAGAAUCCUAGCAACCACAUGUUCAUUGACUAGUCAGUUCAUUGGUCAGCCAGAAUUUAUCAGCCCUGUUGAUAAGCUUUCAAGAAGAAUGGAGUUGUGUCCCUCAGCCUCACAAGAGACUAGAAAUGGUUUUAACAGGUGCAGAUUUAGGGGCAUAUUGGUGAAGCAGCAUCCAAAGUACAUCAGCUGUUAACUGAUGGAAUGCAUUGCCAGAGUGGGGCGGAUUAACUCAUGGAAAGUCCUUGGUAUUCUCAGGAUGGCUCUGUGUAGGUUUCUUUGAUGCUAUAAAACUAUUGGAGACCUAAUCUUGGGACGGAAUUGGUCUUGGCCCUUUUUAGUUUUAUUAAUUAACAUUAAGAGCACUUCUUUCUGGUAUAUGGUCAUUUCCCAUUUGUUCUAUUGUUUUCAGAUACAGUGAAUGCCCAGCCAGAGUAAUAAAGGUAGCUAAUGUGCUAUGGCAGAGACAGUGAACUGGCAGCCCACAGGCUGGGUCUUUUUUGUGGCUCUGCUAUGAACUCUCCUAGUCAGAUCAGGAGUGUUAGCUGUUUUAAGUUGAGGCUUCCCUUGUGUUCCAGAGGAAAACUUGCCCCAUCUCUUAAUUGCAGUGAGGACUAGAGAAAAUACAUGUGCUGCUUCUCCCUUGCAAGUACUCGUCCCAGGAAAUGAGAGCAACCCAGAGUCCUCUGGGAGGGAUCUUGCACUCCCAGAGGAUGAGGGCACCUGUUGAAGUGAAAGCAAUAUGCAAGUCUUCCAUGCUGCUUUCACUCAGCUUGGCACCAAUCCUUGAUACCAAUGCAAUUUUUUUUUGGGGGGGGGCACUCAUUCAGUGAGACAGUGGUUGCCCCUUUCUUUGGAAGGAGAGGUCAUAGGAAGUCUCCAGUGCGGCAUAAUCAACCAGUUUAAAGUGAUCAACUACCUAUGAGCUGGUGAUAUUACGUUCUGGGAAUUUCAAUGCUGAAUUUAAGGAACAACAGCAGAGUAGUCUGACGCUAUCUGAAUUUUGCUUUAAACAUGGAACAAAAUACUUUCUACCGGAAGCCUAUCUGUUCUUUCCAGUUUGGGGUAUGAAUAUUAAUUGUAUUGGGUAACACUACAGAGUUGUUGCUUUUGUUUUUUUAAACAUAAUAUAGAUAAUGACUAGCCACCUAAAUGUGAUAUUCAGUGUUCAUGAGUGGUGAAUUUAGUCUUUGUAAUUUAUUUGCUUUUUAUGAUGAUUAGGGCAAUAUUGCUUUGUUUGAGGCGUGCUGUAAGGAGAGAAUACAGCAGUUUGAUGAUGGUGGUUCCGAUGAGGAAGAUAUCUGGGAAGAGAAGCAUAUUGCUUUUGCACCAGAAUCUCAGAGAAGAUCCAGGUAACUUUAAGAUGGCAGAGAAUAUGUUUUGCCUCUAAUUAAAUCUAAUCCAAAAACUAACAGAUUUACCUAUUUCAGCACUGAUAAGCUUGUGCCAGGUGCUUUUAGGAAGAGUAAUGCAAAGAUGAAUAUAUUACAUUCCAGCAGUAAUCUGGAUGAUAUUCUUAUCCCUAUGCUACUAUUGUCUUCAACUGGUUAAGUCAGGCUUGCGUCCUGAUCCAAAGUGGGUCAUAACAGGAGCACUACCACCAUGAAAGUAUAUGGUAAAAAAUUAGGAAAUAGGGCCUUGAAUUCAUGUUUGGGUUAAAAGUGGGUUCUGAGUCUGAGAAGGUCGAAGAUACCUGAAUUAGGUGAUGCAAGUGACCUAAUUCACAUGUCACAGUAAACCAUAAUUAAUGUUUUGCGGGAAUGCAAAGAUUGAUCCAGCUUCAUUUCUCCCCUCUAGCCAGCAAGAGCCAUGAUCCCUGGCUUAGUGUUACAUCCCAACUAGAGAUUGUUUUGUUCGGUGGGAAUUUUGCCAUUAACAGUGGGAAAGUUUAGGUUCUGUGGUUGUCUUUUGUGUCAUCAAGGCAAAAAAUGGCAAAAAACAAACAAACAAACCCAAACCCCUCUUGGGUGGUAGAAAUAAUAUUUCUGUUUGUGUCUGUUCUUUUUGUUUUGUUUUUUUAAAAAGCUCAGGCAGUACAGACAGUGAGGAAAGUACAGAUUCUGAAGAAGAGGAUGGAACAAAGCAGGACUUGUUCGAGUCAAGCACCAAUACAGAAGACAAGAUGGAAGUAGAUUUGAAUGAAGGUAGGUAGUUUUUAUGCCACUGCUUCUUGCUCACUUUAAGAUACUGGAAGUGGAAAUCUCAGACAAGCAUAAUUCUAUUAAGGAAGGGCACUUCCAGACUGCCAUUAUUUUCAAGUGAGAUUCCUUCGCAUACCAGUAAACUCUGCUUGUGCAAUUAAAGUUUAUUGGAGCCUGCUUCCCCAAAACAUCAAACUUUUUGAAGUAAGUAAAGUGAUGGGGUAAUGCAAUGGAAAGUGUGGAAAUAACACAUUAUUUGAUGCAAUGUCAUCUUAACCUUCUCCCCAACAAACAAAUCAGAGUGAAUGCUCAUUAAACAGCCAACAUUGUCUAAUUUCCCUGCAAGACAAAUCAGGAUGAAUGAUCAAAAAUCAGGUUGUCCAGAAACACUCAAAAGUGAAACAGAACUUCCCUUCUUUUUUCUGGGAUAAAUUGACCAUAAUAAGCAAUAGUAUAUCAAACACAUGGUGGCAAUUAAAAUGCCAGUGUUGAGCACAGAUGUGUGACUAAAGCUUUGGGGUUGAAACAAGGCGAGUCUGAAUCAAAGCCUCAAAUAUUUGUUGAACCAGUUAAACCUUAGAAUCGUUCUGCCUUGAGCUAAAGGAAACAUUCAGACAAACCUUUGGAAUAGGAAACAUAUUUUGGAGGACUGAGGGUUACUAGGAUUGGAGAAAUCUAAAAUCCAGAGGGUUUUGGAAUGCAAUAUUCUAAUAUUGUACUUUUGAAAUCAUAUAUGUUCCUUAAUGAGGUGUGCAUUGUUUUAAGUUGCCCAAGGAAUUCCCAAAUCUGUUUUAAUCUAAUAUUUUAAGUCCUAGUCCUAUGGCAGUUUUUUGCUUUCUUAGUUUUUUGCUUUUUAAAAAAUGAUAAAUGUAUCAAUCUUUCCAGCACCUAACUGGUCAGCUAACUUUGAUGUUCCUAUGGAAACAACACAUGGUACGAAUCUGGAUUCUGUUGGGUCUGACGUUUGGAGCACAGAAGAGCCGAUGCCAGCAAAAGAAACUGGCUGGGCCUCCUUUUCAGAGUUCACAUCUUCACUAAGGUAGGAAAGUACUGUGUUGCUUCAGGUCUUGUGAAUCAAAUGGAAUUUAAUUUUGAGUGAAAGCGCUGAUACUCUUUUCAUGAGCUAAGCUGAAAAUUGAGGGAGUUCUGAGUCCAUGAGUGUAGGGAUUUGGUUUUAAGCAGACCUUGAAUUGAAAAGAUUCAUUCCCAGAGAGCCUUUUUAAAGCUGCAGUUUAUUUUUAUUACGGGAAGUCAAAAUGUUUAUAUGUAUCUCUGAAUUGAUAAGAGAGCUAUAGGGAGAACUAUGGGGUGGGCAGGGGGAGACAUAAGUGCAGGAAUGUUGUCUCCUCACUUGGUUCUAUUUGUUCUGUUCUGGCAUUUGAGAAUUGCUAUAGAGUACUCAAGUCAGCAGCCCCAAAGCAAAUAUAUGGGGAGUGAAAACAUUUUCUUUUGUCAACUGCUCACCAAAAAGACACAAAUUACUUUAUUUUUGGUCGCAGCACCACUGCAGUAUCUUCUCCUCUGUAACAUGGUGCUUUUUCAGCUCUCCAGCUAUUUCUAUGUUUCUGUGAUUGCAAUAUGUAGAAGUCAAAUAAUUUAGGUCAUCUGCUCACGUUGCAGUCUUUUCCCUUCAUAUCCUAAUUAAAACAGGGAGAGUUGAAAUUAUAAUUGAUUCUUUAGCUUUCAAAUAGACAUAAACUCCCAUAAACUCGUAUACAUUGAUAUGUGUUCCAUUUCCUUUUAUUCCCUUUUGAUUGCACAUGAAUGUUUUCUAGAACUCUCAAAUUGUCAGCACAAAAUGUUGAGGCAUCUACUCACAUGGUGCAGAAUGGGCAGACUGCUUAACCAAUCUAAAAUAUAGUUCCAACAUACUUACUUUGAUAAACACUAAAAAUGGAAUUCAUCAAAGCUUUCGUUUUCUUUCAAAGUCCAAAAGAUUCCUUAAGAAGUAAUUCACCCGUAGAGAUGGAAACCAGCACAGAGCCCAUGGAUCCUCUGAGUGCAAAUGUAGCAUUUGCAACGCAACCAGAAGGUAAAAGCACUUAAAUAAUGCACACACACAUAUGGCUGUAUAUGCAUUUGAUACUCCAUUGUUUAUCAUUACUUGCACAAAUCACAGUGAGCCUCUGGUUCAUGUGUUUGCUCCUCCUGUGUGGCUGGCUGCUGGAAGAAUUUUGGGAGCUUUUAGUUGUAAUUACCUGCUGUUUGCCAUAUGUCUAGUUUAAACAAGCCAGGUUUGAAACAGACCAGGGUUAGUGUUAAUCAGUUUAUAAUGCUAGCCAACAGGACAAAUGGCAAAUAACUGAAAGUAAAAAUAUUUUUUUUUACAUCCUCAUCCCAGCUACAUGUGUGGAGGGAAAGGGCUCUGUGGCUUAUGCACAUCAGAAUAAAACUAUGGUUUUUCAUGAUGUACAAACACAUCAAUUGUGUAAAUAGGAUAAGCAUGUCUUGCUUUCUAAAAUAAUGGAAAUUGAAACUAUGCCACUGAAUUUCUUCCAAAUUACAUCACUGAUGGAUAUGUAAGAGGUAUUAAAACCCUCUGAUGUGGCUUCAAAUGUGAUUAGCUAGCUAUUGUAAGUGAUCCAAAUUGCCAAAUAGACUAGAAAAUGGAGGUGGGGUUGUUAAUAUAGAAAAUUAAACACUCUAUUAUCUACCGUUUAUUAUCUAAACGAUCGUGUUUCUAUUUUGUGAUAAUGUACAACUGUAAAAAUGGCAAAAAAUACAUUGUUCCAGAAUAAAAAUCAGUAUUAGUUCCUGAAGCCUUUUCAGCUGUUCAAAUUUGUAUUUACAGCUGCAGGAAGCAUUGCAAUGGAGGCUGGUUCUGAUGGAGAAGAUGAUGUAGAAAAUGCAGACAAGGUGACUGAAACAGUAAUGAAUGGCAGUAUGAAGGAGACCCUUAGCCUUACUGUAGAUGCUAAAACUGAAACUGCUGUCUUCAAAAGGUAAGAGAACACUAUGGUUUGAUUCAGAGCAUGGGUUUUGAUCAUUUUAAUUUUUUAAAUGCUGGCCUGGCAUGCCAUCUUUCAUUUUAAAAGCAUUUAAAAACAAAUCCAUGGCAAAACAGAGAACUUCCUACAACAAAAUUAAAGAUUUUAAGUGUGAUUUGAUUGUAGCCACCAGGUGUAAUGUUUAGCAUAUACCUUUGUUUUGUGGAUUUCAGUGACCAGAUUUUUUUUGGGGGGGGGAGGUUUUUUUUAAAGAAAUUUUAAUCUGCUGACAUAUGAGCUGCUGGAUCCUGCAUCUUCUGUCUCUUAAAUUUGUCUGUUGCCUUUUUAUUUCUUAUUUCCCCCCUAAUGUUCUAAUUAUGUUGUAAGACACACCAGGCAUUUUAAAAGAAAGACAGGGCAUACGUUUACUAAAUAAAAUAUUUGGUCUCCUUAACUGAAAGCAGUUGGCAUAGUAUGCAGCUUAUCACUAGCAAAGCCUGGUCACAGAAUCCAGUUCCAUAUCUGAAUUAUUUGUUGCUUUAGAAAAAGGAUACCACCACCAUUUUAAAGUUGUGUGCAAAUGUUAUGCAUCUUAGUGGAACAUAAGAGAGUGACGAGGCUGACCCUAAAACACUUCCCUAAAAUGGUUGUUCUUAAAAUGGAAACCCCGUCGCACGCGGUUAACUAGUCUCUCAAGUUAUCCUUGCUAGUUUGUCUUCUGGCCAGAACAGAUUUGUGCUCUAGCAUAUUCUCUUCUAUCAAAAUAAGCUGCUCAUAUUGGCAAUUGCACUUUUAGUAGGUUUUCACUGGCAAAAUCCUUUCAUCCUGUUACACAGCCACUUUAUUUUCCUUUAUUGUUGGAGAAGGAUGUCCAGAUGCUAGAGCUUUCUCAGUGUUGGUGUCCAAUCUGGUAUGAUCUCCCUUCUGAGGAACAUGUGACACUGAUAUGGUGUAUUAUUUGGUGCUGAUUAAAGAUGCACCUUUUUGCCCAAGCUUUUUGUGGGGGCUUAUUUACUGUUUCUUGCUCAUUGUUUAUAUGAAGAGUUGGCUGAACCUGAUGGCUGUGUGUGUGUGUGUGUGUGUGUGUGUGUGUGUGUGUGUGUUCAUAUAAAUGUGUGUCAGAUAUAGGAUGGGUUUAUAAAUGGCGAGAUAGGUAAAUAAUUAACUACAAUUUGUUCUUGAGGCAGGGCUUUUGAAAAUGAAGCAAGCAUUGUUCCUUUUGUGGAAGUGACCCCCUCCUAGUUGCUACUGUCCAGUCUUCUCUAAGACACAACACCUUUUUUUGGUGUUGCUCUCCAUUUCAAAUUUGAUUCAAUUUUCUGACAGGAAUUUUAGCAUCAUGACAACAUUUUCAAACAUUUACUUGGCUAAGUUCAAGCGCAGUGCAGGAUUACCAAAUAGGCAGAGUAGGCACUGGCCUAGGGGCCCCAUGACAAUGGAUCAAAAUAAUAUUGAUUUGAUCUUGAAAGAAAGUUACAACCAAUCUUCCCUAGUUCAAUGUCAUCCCACUAGAGCAUUCACACGACAGGCCCCCCAAGAUUUCGACUACCUAGGGACCUCCACAGGGUUUAAUCUGGCACCGUUCAAGUGAAUACGAUUUCAUUUUGAAGCAACACGGUUGCUUAGGCUUGAGAGAGGAAUUUGACCUCCAGCACAUCACACCUUGGGAGGCCCACUUGCAUCGCUUUUCAGUCCUUUUUGUGGCUCCCCCCACCCCUGCAGCUUGGCGGCUAUGGUGUGGCCUUCACUUUCUUAUGCAGGUGGGAUAAGUGCUCAGAAAAAAGGAAAGUGUCUCCUGCUGUCCUGAAGAACAGAAAUUGACACCAAGAUGACAAGGAGUGGUUUAAGCUGUUCUAUAUGACCUCCGCAUUUUCAUCGUUAGCCACUAGUGGCACCAAUAUCUCUUUGAUGAUUGGGUCACUGUCAGUUCAGACACCGUAAAUAUAUGUGAAUUAUUAUUUUCUUUCCCAUUGUGGAUCACUUUAUCGCCUAUUCAUCCACUUUAGAUUGAUACUUUUGAAGCUGCAUCCAGGCCCCACAAAUAACUCACAGAUGCCUUUUAAAUAAAAGGAUACAUUCUACUCAUGUAAAAACACGCUGAUUCCUGGACUGUCCGCAGGCCGCAUUUAGAAUGCGAUUGGGCCGUAUCCGGCCCCCGGGCCUUAGUUUGCCUACCCGUGUAGUUUUACACUGUUUCUUUUAAAAUUCAAAGAUUUGACUCUCAGGUUCACCAUGUCUCAAACUGAGCUUUCUCCAUAUGAAAGGGACAAAGUUUGCUUAAUUUCCAUAAGCCUUCCCUGAAGGUUAAGUUGUAGGAGCCGAUGCCAGUCUGGAUCCCCUUCAUCCAACAAUGAUAAGGAACAUUCAUGGUCAGUUGAAUGUUCUUAUAUUCAUGUUUGCGUUAAUCAUGGAUGCCAUCUUGUUUUGCCAUAAAUACAUCUGAAGGUAUAGCUGAAUGUACAGUUGUGCAAAUUAAUGAUUUGCUUAGCUAAGCUAUUUAUUUUUAUUCUGUCAGCAUCCCACUUUGCUGUUGUUCUGUGUUUUGCUCUUUUCUUUAUUUAACGGCUGCUUCAUUAUAGUAUUUUGUACUAAAGUACAAAUACCUGAAGAUACAUGGGUAUAUAUUAAGUUAUAAAGAGUGCACAUGUGAGAAUUACGCUUCUCUCCCCCCCCCCCCAAAAAAAAGUGAGUGGGGACUGGGAAAGGAUAUCCACUUAGAUAUUUUAUACUUUUUUUUUCAAAAGUUGUACUCUAUCCUUUUCUUUUGGAAGCUGAGAACAAUUUAUUCUAUACUGCUUAUGUAUCUGCUCACAAACAGUUUCUAAUCUAGAUUGAGGCCUAGUACAAACAAGUGGGUAGGGGAAGAAAUAUUGAGUCCAGAUUGUACCACUUCAGACUGCAAGUUUGGGCUCACACUUUAGAAGACUCACGUAAUGAACCAUGACUUUUUUGGCUGCUGCAUAAAUAGGGCUUAAUCCAAGGGCUAUUUUUUCUAGGAGUUUCUUAAUGGUCUUUUUUUACAUUCCUUUUCUGUUCUUUCCCCCCCUCCCCCUCACUUUUGGCUUCAGAGUGUUGAAAUCCUAUCGGUAUGUAAAGGAUAAUGAAUGUUUGUUUUUUUCUCCAUUUUGGGCACCAUGUACAUUCUUUAUUCCUCUUUUUACUACUCUGUAAUCUUACAUCCUGCAUUUUUUCCAGUCCAGUUCCCUUUUAAGUGAACAUAAACUGAUGCCAGUGAUGAAUGUGACCAGAAUCCACAACCUUGUGCUUGUUUUCCAUGUUUCAAUCAUAUUUCUAAAAUUCUACUUGCAUGUGACCUCUGGACCCUUUCUACCUAAGCCUCCCACUAAUGCAUGAUGAUAUCAAAUGUUGAAGGCACAAAUAAAGCUGUAACCUGUUUCUUUAGUGAGGAAGGAAAAUUGUCUACCUCGCAAGAUGCUUCUUGUAAAUAUGUGGUGGAGGAGAACACAGAAGCUGCAGAAGAAAAUCCUGUCACUCCGCAGCCUGCUAGCAGCAGUCUGGAACAGAGGUAGCUCUUUAUUGCCAUAUUCCUUUCACUGUGUGGUUUCUUUUACCAUUGGAAUGAAGGAUUUAUUUAAGGAUAUGUAUUCUCCCUUGCCAAAAGACCAAAGGUAGCUUAUUUGGUAUCACACAAGCAUUUUUAAAAAUUAGUACUGUAUCUAAAAUUUUAAACCUAAAAAGCAGCAUAAGGCAAUUAUAAUAAAGCACCAUUACAGUGUUUUAAACAGUAAAAAUUCAGACCAUCCAUUUCAACCAAAGGCAAAUUGCAAUUAAAAUAUAUUUAAAAGCGGAGAAGGAAGAAUAUGUGGACCACAGUCCCAAGAACCUUAUAGCUUUUAUUUAACAAUGGAAGAAAAACCUUUAUUGAUGAAAAACUGUUGUGUUGGGUGGAAGUAGUCAUGUACUUGUACUCUACCUUUCAGAAGUCCAUGAUAUAUAUGACAGAUACAAAGAAGCAGAAAUUGAUACAGUGGUACCUCUAGAUGUGAAUGGGAUCCGUUCCGGAGCCCCAUUCGCAUCUAGAAGCAAAUGUAACCCAUGUCCGCGCAUCUGUACGUGUCACGUUUUGUCGCUUCUGCGCAUGGCGUCAUUUUGAGUGUCUGCGCAUGCACAAGCAGCGAAACCCGGAAGUAACGCGCUUCGUUACUUCCGGGUUGGCGCGGAGCGCAACUCGAACACACUCAUCCCGAAGCACAUUCAACCCAAGGUAUGACUGUAAUGGUAGCUUUGAAAGAUGCUGAUUAAACUUCAGGUUAACAUUCACUGAUUCAUGGUCUUUUCUCCACUCCCGAUCUUUUUAUGAAAAUGAGUGCUUUGGUUGGCACAGCAAGACUAGGAGACAAAAAGUUCUCCCCAAAUUUCUGUUUUUUAAUGGGAAAAACUCUCUUCUCCUCGGUGUCAACAUUUCUGGGAAUUUUAUAUCUCUGUUCAUACCUGGGGGUUUGCAAAGAGCCCUCUGCCACUGCCUUCCUGGGGCCCAGUAACUAACAUUGAGGGAUGGGAAGGAGACAGGUGCUGGUGCUACUCUCCAGAUUCUGUUGAGAUUUUUUCCUCCUGUCAGGGAUGGGAGAUGCUUCCUCAAGAAUUGGAUGCCUCUCUCUCCCCCCCCCCCCAGGUGUGUUAAUGGGCUUUGAAAAGGGAACUGGCCACUCUCAAAGGAUGAAGGUGAGCAUGGCCUCAGGUCACAGCUUGCCUUUCUCCUGCUUGCAAACAUUUAAGCAGAAGCACUGUUUUGUGAGCACCCGUACUCAAAUAUUUGUAAGGCCCACAUCAAUGUAACUGAGUUGCCUCGACCAUCUCCUUUUGUCUUGUAACAUGACCAUCUAAGCCUAUAAGUAGGCCUAAAGGCUGAUUCUUUUGAUGUCUCUGUGAUUGCUCCCCACUUUGGGCUGUAUCCCUUGCUAGUGCUUCUCAGAGUAGACCCACUGAACUUAAUGAACCUAAGGUAGGUCUACUAACUCUAGUGGCUCUGAGUAGGACUAAACUUAAAUACAACCCUUGUCUUAUGUAAAGCUUCCUUAGAGCACUGCUGCCAAAAUAUUUUCAUUUCAUAGUUUAGAGCAGAGCUUUCCCAACUUUUCAUGUUGGUGGCAGUUUUUAGACAUGCAUCGUUUUGUAACCAGAGGUUAAACUAACCCCUUUCCAGCCCCAGUAGUAGUGCAGAAAGCGUUUGCACAACAUACCUACACACUGACACACAGUUCGGAAAGCUCUGGUUUAGAGUAUGUGAUGUGAUGACCUUCCUUAAAUUCCUACACCGGCCCUCAAACAGCUCAAAUUUAGUGCUUUCAAAAGUGGUUCCUCCCAUUUUUCUGUUCUCAUAUUCCACAGUAUUUCUGGAAUCGAGUAAUUCAGGAUUGGGGUGCUAGAAAAGCAAAGUGUUACCCAGUGCUUUUUUUUCUAGGGGUGGGAGGGAGUGCCAGUACUCACUGCCCAGAAAUGGCCAUAGGAGGGAUAGGCAAGUGUGCAAAAAGAGCUGCUCUGCACAUGCUCAGGGAAAGAGGCAGCAGGGCUCCAAGCACCACAACUUUUAUCUGUUUCCUCAUUUUGCAUUUUUUAAGUAAUAUAAAGUUGCACUGUGUUAAUACUUGGUUCCACAUUUUUUAACUUCUUAGGACUGAUCAACAAGCUCUUCUAGCAGAAGCAUCCGUUAAUGGCCCUGUAUGA